GGAAAUCAAACAUGUAAACCAACAAAUUUCGGCUCUGGCGAACAAGUUUCCCCCUUUUGUGUGGAAUUUUGUCCGAUUUGACGUGAUCGGACUAGAAAUGCAGUGAUCUCCAGACCUCUCCGCAAACAAAGACAUUUAGCGAAGAGUUUCAUGGAGAUCUGGUCGGAUGACAGCUGGAACGGUUGUUAUAACUGGAGGAAUUCUUGCAACGGUGAUACUCCUGUGUAUCAUUGUCGUGCUCUGUUACUGUCGACUACAGUAUUAUUGCUGUAAGAAGAAUGGCUCCGAUCCAGAUACUGUUUGCCCUCAACCGCAGUUUGCCUGUAACUCAUGCAGCACCCCCAGGAUUGAAGGGGCCACGGCUACCCCACUCUCCCUGUCGCCAGAACCCAUGCCACCACAGAGUUUCUGUCCUACCUGCUCACCCUACAGCUCUUCGUUCUACAGCCGCACAACGGAUGAAACGCGAAACGGGGGCGAACGGAUCAUGUACAUGCCCACCCACUAUGACAGCCCCUCCCUGUCUCUCACUCUUCCCUCUUUACACAGUGCAUCGUUGAGUUCCCGAACCCGACCGGAAAUCUACUCCAACACACGUGCCAUUAGCACGGAUGUCUGA